UCUUUGCUUUCUCUGUGUUCUAGGACUCAGGCAUCUUAGGACAAUGGCUUUUUUUUUUUCUUAAUUGACCGAUUAUUCUUUUAGUUACUUUAUCUUUUUGUAUCAGGGGAUUUAGUCCCUUUGCCUUCCUUUCUUGGAAGGUUCUUGUUGCCACCAAGGACUAAAAACUGCAAAAGGAAUUAUCUACUCCUGAUCUUCAUAGCCUGUUUCUAGCUCUUCCUGAAGUUCUUACUGGAAAUCCUUUAGUAGUCAAAUGGGGAGAAGACACAGAAUAUUUCCCAAAGCAGCAGAACUGAUCCAGUUCCCCCAAAAUAGUCUGUAUCGCCAGACCUCAUCAGUGUUGUUACCAUGUCCUCCACACCGGAUUUCACCAUUCUGGGAAAAAGAAUACCAGUCAAGGACUGAACUGAUGUCUCUCCUUCACCAAACUUCUAGCACCUCACAAUCAUCACACCGUCAGUACCACAAGAAUGUACAAGAGCCUACAUCGUGGCUCAAACAUUCAGGCAACCCUACCAAGAUGCCCCACCUUAAUUAUAGAGCAGUGGCAGCACCAUUGCCCCGUCUUCAUCACCUGACUAAACCAGGCUCUCGUCACAAGCACCGUACAGUGGCUCCAGUCUUGCCUUUACCUAGGACUGAUAUCCCAGCCAAAAAAACUCCUGGGCCUUUGAUUCCCAUUGAUCAGUGCCUUAUACCUCCUCUUGGUCUCAAACACCAGUAUGAUUUUCCUUCGGAUUCUGACCACCGGUUGGAGAAUUCUUCAGGUUCUGACCAUCUUCCCAAGAUUUUCCCAGCUUGUGAUCAUUUGAGUAUUGAGGAUCUAUCACUUCUCAACCCAAAGGACCCAACUUCAACUUUCUCUGACCACCAGACUAAGAUUCCAUUAUAUAAGAGCCACAAAUCCAGGGAUACUCCAGUUCCUGACACCCAGAUCAAGACCAGUAGCCCUCUGGCAAGACCCCCCACUCAGGGGACCAAAGUUUUGCCAAGACCCAGGCGCCGGAUCAAGGCUACCAAUGCUCUGUUAGGACUUUUUAACUUGGACCCUGUACUCCAUCCACUUGCAAAAUCAUUACCUUUUACUAACUGGACCAACGCCCCAACAUCCUCUCCAAACCAUGGGACCCAGACCCAAGCUCUGAAGGCAUCACAUAGUGACUUGCAGCUCAGGGAAGCAAUGUCCUUUUUACAAUACCUUGAGCACCGUCCUAGACCCCUAGCUGUACCUACAUCACAUCUGAAUCGGAAAAACAGGCCUACAACUGUAUGCAAGUUUAACAAUCGCCAACUACAUGGACCAUGCCCUCUUGCCCAUGUCUCAGUUCAAACAGAACAAGACAACUGGGAAACUAAGCUUCUGAGAAAAUACCUCCUGGAUUCGCGUCCAUGCAGUCCUGAGGAGAAGCCUUUAACUAUGCCACUAGAGCCUUCCACUUUAAUGAAAAUUGACAAAGAGCCUUUUGAAGCAAUUUUCCAAGGAAAAGCUAUCCAGGACAUACCUCCAUCUAAUCUUGACCUGAAAACUGACAUGACCUCAGAGCCAACUGUCCAUGUCUCCAUUCAAACAGAACCAGACACUUGGGUAACAAUAUCCCAAAGAUUAGACCUUCAGGAAAAACUUCCAUCCUGUCCUGACCUGGAUACGGACAUGAUCUCAGAGCCUAUUGUCCAUGUCUCCAUCCAAACAGAGCUAGACACCUGGGAAACAAUAUCCCCAGAGACAGAUUUCCAGGAAACAUUUUCAUCCAGUCCUGAUGUGGACAUUGACAUCACCCCAGAGCCUACUGUUCAUGUCUCCAUUCAAACAGAGCUAGAAACCUGGGAAGCAAUAUCUCCAGAGACAGAACUCCAGGAAACACUUUCAUCCAGUCCUGACCUGGAAACUGACAAGACCCUGGAGCCUCCUGUCCAUGCCUCAAUGCAAACAGAGGUAGACAACUGGGAAUCACCAUCUCCAGAGACAGACCUCCAGGAAACACUUUCACCCAGUCCUGACCUGGAAAGUAACAGGACCUUAGAGCCUCCGAUCCAUGCCUCCAUGCAAACAGAGCUAGACACUUGGGAAACAAUAUCCCCAGAGAUAGACCAGGAGGAAAUCUUUGGAACAGGACAGGAUGAGAACAUCAUUCCACUGGACUCAAGUCUCCAGGAUAUAUCUGGCCCUCACCAAAGGACCACACCUCCAUCCAGUCCUACGCCCGGAGCUGAGCAUACAUCAGACUCCAAUGCCCUGGUCCUUCUUCAUCAAGAACUAGAACAAUGGAAACCACCACCACAGGAAAUAGAUCAUCUGGCUAUAUUUUCAUCCAGCCUAGAAAUGGACACUAGGAAUGUAUCAGGACCCACUGUCAAAGAAUCCGUUCCAAUGAAAGAAAUGUACUGGGAAAUAAUAUUAGCAAUGCUACUUGGACUAUCUAAUCACCAGGCAAUAACACUAGAUGAGAAACAUGAAACUGCUCCUCCACUGGAUUUGGAUGACCAGGAGAGAAUACUUUCUAGCCCUGAUGAGACAAAAACACCUCUACCUAGCCCUAAUCACCAGAUUGAGGAUAUUUCAAAUCCUGAUGCCCAGGCCACACUUAAACAAAAAUUAGAAGAAUGGGCAACACUAUCAGAGGAAACAAAUCUCUGCAACACAUUAGCAUUUACCACAGAGUCAAACUCUGAGAAAAUUCCAGUCCUUAGUGAUCUGGACGAUCACAUCUCAGAUGGAAUAGAGAAAGAAACAAUUGAAAUCAUAGAUAUAAUGCCGCUGAGAAUAGAGAGCCAAGAAGCAAAUCAAAUAGUCGAGGAUCAUUGGGCAAUAACACCUCUUUCCCCAGACAACAGUGACCAAGAAAAUGCUGUACCUGCACUUGACCAUCAGCUCACACCAAUCCUCAGUCUGGACCAUGAGCAGGAGGCUGAAGAUACAGCACAUGAUCUUGCCCAAGAUUUAAUAGUUCCAAUAGACCAAGAGUCUGGAGAAAUAACACCAUUGGGAAUAGACUUAGUGGCCACAAUUCCAACAGGCCAGGAUAAUGAGGCAACAAUGCCUCCAGUGGACUUAAAACCUAAAGAACCAACUCAACUUGUCCUCGAAUCUCAAUUCAUACCUUCAUCCAGUCCUGACCAGAAGACUAAGGACAUACCAGAUCCAAGCUCCCAAGUACCCCUUCAGCCAGGAUCUGGCCCAUGUGACACAAUGUCAUCAGGAACAGAGCUUCAAAACAUCAUUCUAGGAGACCAGGAUCAAAGGAUAACACCACCAUUGAACUUAGACAAUGAGGAAACGACUCUACUUAGCUUUGACCAAUGUACAACACAUCCACCUAGUCCUGACAAACAGUCAGAAGUUGCUAAAGAUCUCAAUACUCAGGCUACAUUUCCAAGACAUUUAAAAUACUCAGCAAAAGUGUUUGAGGGUCAAGAGUAUGAUACACCUCCACCUACUCCUAGUCCCUCAAUCACUAUUUCAUCCAUCUCAGAAAACGAGACUGAAUCUGGAACAGAAUCCACCAAUGUGUCAAGUACAUCACCAGGAAAUGUGGAUGAUGAGGAAGAAAUGCCUCCAAGCCCUGACAAGACCAUAUCAUCAUCAAGUUCCAAUCACCAGAUUGAGGCUCCAACAGGUCGUGACCACCAGCCUGAGACUGAGCUGAGCUCCGACCACCAAAACGAGGUUGAAUCUGGGCUCCCACAUCAGCUCCAUUCUGUGCAAAAGAAACAGACCAAAUUGCAUUUAAAUUACAUCAAACCAUACACCAUCGAGGGGGGAACUAUCUGUGAUAAAACUGCUCAUGCCAUCAUCAAUUCCAUCCCUCGGGAGAGAAUAAAAAAUGACAUUUGUAAGGAUAUUCCCUUCCCUCUGAGUCUUCAUGAAUGCAACUCAUGUGAAUACGUAGUCUGUUUAAUUUGUGCCUCCUGGAUCCCAGAUGGCUGCCCACAUGAAGGAAUGAAAUAUCCAUGUGAAGCUCAAUUGCUUGCUGUACCAAUACCUAUACCCAUGUGUGAGAAGGAGAUUGAUAUAAAAUUUGUCUUCAAAUGCCCCGAGGCAACAGUCUCUUCCCUUUUCAGCACCUCAAGCACCCAUAGCUAUUUGAAAAAGUCUUCAGAGUCAUUUAUCUCAGACACUAUGCUACCCGUUCCAUCAAGGCCAAAGUGGUUUCACUUCAUCCUAGGAAAGUCUCUCCCACAGUGGAAGAAAGGCAUUCCUAGAAGCCCAGAGCCCCUCCUAGACAAGGUCUUUGAGGAGGGAAGCAUUAGCAAAGAAGGGGAAAAGGCAAAGACACAUCGGACAUCUUUCAGAUCUCUCCUAGAGAGAUUUCAGUGGAGGCAAAAGGAAACUAAAUAACUAUAUUUUGAAAGGAA